UUGUCGACUUGACCUGUUUCUCACAUUUUAUCAACAAUAAACAAAUUAUCGGAAUCCCCUUACCAGGGAGCAAGGGCGGACUGACAACUCAUGGGGCCCCUAGGCAAUAGGGGAUCAUGGGGCCCCUGUGUCCUUGCCCAAACUAAAAAAAGCCUAUGAAAAAGGUACCAGGGGCAUCUCAUGGGGCCCCUACUGACCCCGGGCCCUCGGGCGGUGCCCGAGUUUCCAAAUGGUCAAUCCGCCCCUGGCCAGGAGUA